UAGCAACUGUUGCCCUGUGAGGCAGCGCCAUAGUCACCGUAGUCCUGGCGACUGUAACCCACCAACAACAACAACCUCUCGUUCCAUCAUUACCACCACACCAUCCUCAUCCUCAUCAACCAGUCCUCAGCCCAGGCGCCAUGCAGACCCCUGAGGCAGGCGCUGACUCCGCCUCCACUGUCCCUCUCCAGACCGCCGUGUCUGUGCAGCCCGCAGGCUCCGCCCAGCAGGUGACCUCUCAGGUGCCUGUCCAGCAACAGGCCCAGACUGUUCAACAGGUUCAGCAUGUAUACCCAGCACAACAGGUGCAGUACGUGGAGGAGAACAGUGGCGUCUAUACCAACGGGAAUAUACGGACAUACUCGUACUCCGAGCCCCAGCUGUACAGCCAGAACAGUGGAGGGAGCUACUUUGACACGCAGGGCAGCUCAUCCCAGGUGUCCACGGUGGUGUCAUCCCAUGGCAUGGCCAACAACGGAGGGGGGAACGGGGGGCUGACCAUGGGUCUGGCUGGGGGGCAGAUCAUCAGCAGCUCUGGGGCCUACCUCAUCGGGGGCAACACCAUGGAUAACUCUGCCCCCCACCCAGCAGCCCAGACCACCCGAGCCUCCCCGGCCACUGUGAGUAUUGAAAUGGCGAUUGAGACACUCCAAAAGACUGAAGGUUUAUCCAGUCAGAGAAGCUCGCUGCUCAACAGCCAUCUGCAGUGGCUACUGGAUAACUAUGAGACAGCGGAGGGGGUGAGUCUGCCUCGCUCCACCCUCUACAACCACUACCUGCGCCACUGCCAGGAGCAGAAGUUGGACCCGGUCAACGCUGCUUCCUUUGGGAAACUCAUCCGCUCCAUCUUCAUGGGGCUCCGCACGCGUCGCCUGGGCACACGAGGGAACUCGAAGUACCACUACUAUGGGAUCCGGUUGAAGCCGGACUCUCCUCUCAACAGACUGCAGGAGGACAUGCAGUACAUGGCCCUCAGACAGCAGCCUGUCCAACAGAAACAGAGGUUUAAGCCGAUGCAGAAGGUUGAUGGUGUAUCUGGGGAGAACUUCUCAGGCGGAGGCCAGCACACCCCCAGUGCAGCGGAGCAGACUGUCAUCGCACAAAGCCAGCACCACCAGCAGUACCUGGACACAUCGCGGGCCCUGCCAGACUUUGUGGAGCUGGACCUGGGAGAGACUAACGUGGACAACGUCAGCCCAGAUGACAUCAAAGCUCUCCAGUCACUCUACAGAGAGCACUGUGAGGCCAUUCUGGAUGUGGUGGUCAACCUCCAAUUCAGUCUAAUAGAGAAGCUGUGGCAGACUUUCUGGCGCUAUUCUCCUUCUGACUCAGUGGAGGGCGCCACCAUCACAGAAAACAGUGGUGUGAGUGAGAUUGAGGGCCGUCUGCCCUGCUGCAGACUGCUGGUGCUCUGUAGGAACGAGGCUGUGCUCAAGUGGAUGAGUUCCUGUGACCACCUGAUGUACCAGGCCCUAGUGGAGAUCCUCAUCCCUGAUGUCCUCAGACCCAUCCCCAGUGCCUUGACUCAAGCCAUCCGCAACUUUGCCAAAAGCCUGGAAGGCUGGCUCAACAAUGCCAUGAACACCAUUCCACAGAGAAUGAUCCAGACCAAGGUUGCCGCUGUUAGUGCCUUUGCUCAGACGCUGCGUCGCUACACUAGUCUGAACCACCUGGCCCAGGCAGCACGCGCCGUGCUGCAGAACACCUCACAGAUCAAUCAGAUGCUCAGCGACCUCAACCGCGUCGACUUCGCCAACGUGCAGGAGCAGGCGUCGUGGGUGUGUCAGUGUGAGGAGGGUGUGGUUCAGAGGUUAGAGCAGGACUUCAAGGCCACCCUGCAGCAGCAGAGCUCACUAGAGCAGUGGGCUGCCUGGCUGGACAACGUGGUGACCCAGGUCCUACAGCCCUUCGAGGACCGGCCCAGCUUCCCCAGGGCGGCACGACAGUUCCUGCUCAAGUGGUCUUUCUACAGCUCCAUGGUGAUUCGGGACCUGACCCUGCGCAGCGCGGCCAGUUUCGGCUCGUUCCACCUGAUCCGCCUGCUCUACGACGAGUACAUGUUCUACCUGGUGGAACAUCGCGUCGCCCAGGCAACCGGCCAGACACCCAUCAGUGUCAUGGGAGAAUUCGAUGACCUCAACGCCAUGUCACCUGCUAACAUAGACAAAGACGAGGUGAGUGAGAUGGACAGUGACCUGGAGGAGGACAUGGAGGAGUCUGGGGAGCCGCUGGCCAAGCGGGAGAAGGCUGAGGUGGAACAUGAGCACCAGGUGAUCCAGGUGAUUCAGGUGGGGGCUCUGGAGGACGGCAGUAACCCCGUGGUGGGGGUGCUCCAGCCGGGCAUCCUGCACUCCCUGCCCCAGCCCCCCCAGGACCACGCUGAGCACAUCCUCACCCCUUCUGCUGCCACCCCCACCAUCCGCCACUGCAGCGCCACCGGCAACACCUACGCCUCCGUCUGAAGAGAGAGAGACGCCCACAAACCACUCAUCUCUUGAUCUGUCUGUCUCUCCCUCUCUCUCUCUCUAUUUCUAUGGGUCACGCUGUCACACACACGUCUGCACUAUUUCCCUCUGUCAUGCGCUGUGUUUUCUCUGCUCUCCUCCGCCCCGGGCCACUAGAGGACGAUGAAAAUCACCAUGACCACAGCCGCUGGCGUCACACAAACCGUGGAUAGAUUAAGAGAGCUAGAUGUGAAUAGGAAUGUGGGCGGGCCGCCUCUGUCUGCUGUCA